AUACCCAAUAACAACAGUGGCCCAAGUAACACAAAAUAUUCAUGGAAAGUUUUUUGCUUGGGACAAACUUUAUCCAACUCCUGCCAUUUCAUAACAAUUCAUGCAGUGGUAUAAACUUGCACUAAACAUGAGAUUCCUUUCUAUUAUAUCAUUCAUUUAAUAAUUCUUCAUUGCAGAAUAGAGAUUAGAUGUUCUUGUAUAAUUUAACUCUUCAGCGUGCCUCUGGCAUCACGCAUGCCGUGCAUGGCAACUUCUCCGGGUCACGCAGCCAAGAGCUGGUUGUGUCCCGGGGCCGUUCUCUGGAGCUCCUCAGGCCAGACCCCAACACUGGCAAGGUACAUACCAUCCUAACUACAGACAUCUUUGGGAUUGUGCGCUCACUCAUGUCCUUCAGGCUCACUGGAGGCAGUAAAGACUACAUUGUGGUUGGAUCGGACUCAGGCCGUAUUUCUAUCCUUGAAUACAAUGCUGCCAAGAAUCAGUUCGACCGAAUACACUUGGAAACUUUUGGCAAGAGUGGCUGCCGCCGCAUUGUGCCGGGCCAAUACCUUGCUAUUGACCCCAAGGGGCGUGCUGUCAUGAUAGGUGCUGUGGAGAAGCAAAAGCUUGUGUACAUCCUAAACAGGGACGGACAGGCACGUCUGACCAUCUCGUCGCCCCUGGAGGCGCACAAGAGCAACACUCUCGUGUAUCACGUUGUGGGUGUUGACGUGGGCUUCGAGAACCCACUCUUUGCCUGUCUGGAAAUAGAUUAUGAGGAGUCUAACAUCACUGUGUUGCAGGAGCCUAACAUCACUGUGUUGCAGGAGUCUAACACAGGGAAAGAAAAGCGACACAGAGAUGGAUCCUAG